UACUUUAUUAUUCUCUCCUAUCAACAAAACCAGAGAAUUGAAUAAAAAAUGUGUAUAUAUGUUUGUGAGAAAAAUAUGCAGUGCUUCAUACAACCCUGUUAUCCACAUCUAAAACUACAGGCUCUAUAUUCAAUGGCAGAGAUGGAGAAUUACAUUGGACUGUUAAAAGUGCGUGUAAAUGAAGGUUUCAAUUUGGUGAAGAAAGAUUUGAUUAGCAGUGAUCCUUACGUGCUCAUUAAGUUGGGUCAACAAAGGGUGAAAACAAAAACAAUAAAGAGGUCUCUCGACCCUGUUUGGAAUGAUGAACUCACAAUCGGCGUUCCAUCCAAAACCCCACGACUUGAAGUGGAAGUCAUGGAUGAAGAUACAUUCACAUCAGAUGAACCAUUGGGAAACAUAAAAGUAGAUAUUGUUCCUCUCAUGAAUUAUGCCACAAAGUAUCAAUUCCAAAAACUAGAGAAUGGAAAAAAGGAAGUUGGAAAGCUUACUACAUCUCAAACUAAUGGAUUUGUUAAGGAUAGUUGCAUAUUCAUGGAAAAUGGGCAGAUUAAACAGGAACUUCAUCUCAAAUUGGACAAUGCCCCAAGCGGAGAAGUUACUAUUGACCUCAUAUGGAUUUAUGUGUAGUCUUACGUAAUAUUGUAAUAAAGAUUUUAACCUUAUCUUAUGAAUUCUAUCUACAUUCUUAUAGAUAGAAUUAUUUAUUUGAUAAACAAAUAUAUUUUACACAUUUAGAUUAUAUGCAUCUUAUAAAAUUAAAGUAUUUCUAUUA